AUGACUCCGUCAACGCCGUUGUCAUCUACAGCUGCCACGCCGUUGACCGCCGACAAUGUACCGUUGAGUAAUUUUCAAUUGGACCAUGUUUCAUCGGCAAAUUCGGUGCCGGUACAGCAUCUGCAGCAUCUGCAGCAACAAAGUCAGCAUCCUGUUCCACCGUUGACGGCAUCAGCAUCAUUACCAGCAUCAGGACCAGCAGUGGCGACUGCGCCGCCUGGUUUCGGUUCAAAUUUUUUGUCGUCUAUGAAGUUUCAAGAGUCUGAAUGGAAUUAUAUAGACCAGGCCGGUCAAAUGCAAGGUCCAUUUACAUCUGGGAUGAUGGACUCAUGGUAUACGCAGCGGUUUUUCAUGCAUAGUCUUCAAAUUAAGAUUAGUAAUGGUAGGCUAAAUCCGUUUGGAAUGGAUGAGACUGUGUUUAUCACACUGCUCGAUCUAAUUACGAAGGUAAACGAUUUUAUUGAGCCUUUUAAGAAAUUUGAUAUUAUUUGUUGGCAGUUUGAACAACAGCUAUGUGCGCACGAGCAGUCUCACAUUCAGUCGCCUGUGGCUUCUCCUGUGUCAGCUCCGCUGCUUUCUUUGUCUCAGCCGGGGACCACCACUACUACAAUGACGACAACGACAACCACACUGGCGCCUGUCAGACCGAAGGUGGCGGCUAAUAUUGUGCAGUGUGAUUAUAGUUAUAAUGAGCUCAUGCAACUCAAAGAUAGUGAUGGUGGCUACUAUCGGCAAGUUUCCGUUGAGAUUCCCAUUUCUAAAAGUGUGAAAAAACUGAGUGAUGAGGAAUUUAGCAUAGAGUGGGACGCACACAAUGUGGCAAUAACUAUCAUGAGGGAGGCCAGUGAGCGCGAUGCUCGGCUUAAGGCCAAAUCAGAACCUGAGAACCAAAAUCAGUUGGCAGAGGAAGUCUUGUCGACAACUAGUAUAGAACCGGAGCAAGUUGAAACGCCAGACGCCAAGAUAUUGGAAUCUGGAUUGACAGAAGCUGUUAACAAUAUAAGCAAGAACGUAAAUGCCAAUGGAUUAGCUUCUAGACAUACAUCCACUGAAGGGCUCAGUGUCAUAUCAGAAGAGAAAACGACGACGAACUCCCAAGAAACAACGACGACGAACUCCCAAGAGAUAACGACGAAGAACUCCCAAGAGAUAACGACGACGAACUCCCAAGAGACAACCGCGAAAGAACGAGUAGCAAAAAGGGAAAUAACAACGAAACCAGCACCGUGGGCAAAUAAGUCCUUAGUUGUUGUAGAAGGUCCGUCGUUAAUUGAAAUACAGAAGAAAGAGGAGGGAGAAAAGAAGAAACGUGAACAAGAACUCCUAUUGAAAGGUCGCAAACAAGCAGUAAAACUCCAGCAGGAACUUAUGAAGGAGGAAACCACGCAGGUCAGCAUUACCUCUGUGGCUUCUUGGGCUAGUAAGACCAAACCGUCAGAGCCUGCUAAACCGGUUAAAAACUUUGAUGAAGUAUAUCAAGAACAGAUGAAAGAGAAGGACUUCAUCGAGGAACAGAAAAGAUUGUGGGAAAAGGCACAAAGAAUGUAUAAAUCGCAAAAAAGUACUUCUAAUGUAGCUGAUAAUGAAUGGACAACGGUAAGCGCAAAGCAGACGCAGAAAAAGGCGGUGCCCAAAUCUGUACAACAACCAAUAAGUUACGCUAGUCCUGACAAGCUGCGUGCCGUUAGCUCUAGUAGCAAUUCAAACAGAGCCCUACCAAGGAAAACUUCCGUAGCUGCUGCUCCAGGAGCGCCUGUUAUAAAGCAACCUGUACCAACAUACGGAGGUAAUGCCUCAACUUCAGCUCGCCAGGAAUUUUUGAGGUGGUGCAGAUCACAAAUGAAGCUUCUACCGGGGAUAGAAAUCAACAGUGUUUUGGAAAUGCUGUUGUCAUUGCCUGCCGGGAAUGAAUCCCAAGAGAUCAUUGCUGACACUAUUUACUCAAAUAGUUCCAUCAUGGAUGGCAAGAGAUUUGCUACAGAGUUCAUCAAAAGACGUAUAGAGUGUGAAAAGAAAUUAGUGGACCCGUUAACCUGGAGUCAAGCUUUAUCAUUGCCCGAAGGUGAACAGGACGACUGGGAAUUCCAAGUCGUGGGUAAGAAGAAGGGCAGAAGGCAUUAA